AUGGCGGAAGGCUCCACCUCGAUGUCGAACGAAGAACCGAUCAUUUUAGAUGGCCUUCUGGAGAUCCCUGACCUUCUGAGCGACCAAAAAUCGAUAUGGCAGCCAUUUCAGCAAGCGAGCAAUUUUUUCGCUGUGUAUACUGAUUUCGAUGGGAAGGAAGAAGAACGUUUGCCCAAGCUUCGCUCAGAAUUCUUCACCCUUGACUGCUACGACGAGCCACUUCCUGAACUCGACUCGUUGGUGGAAUCGAGGAGCGCGUCAGAAGGAGAAGAAAGCGCUUCGACCAGCGGGGUGAUCGAACAUGACGAGAUCUUGGAGGAUGUAUGGUCGUUGCAGGAUGUGGUGAGUGGCACCAGGGACAACAAGCUUGUCAAUUGGGACAAUUUCCUGCAGCCUCAGACGCAGAAGCCACGAUCUGCGUACUUGAGCGAAGCAGGCCUAGCAGUCUUCAAUGCUGUUCUUGCUGAUGAAGCCUUGAAAACAAAUACCAAACUCCCAAAUUUGAUAGCUCGGCACGAAGAUUUCCUGCGGUCGUUGUUCGAGCUUGGACUCGGAAGAGACUCGAUGCUCUACCGCUAUGAUCAGUUGCUGGCAACAUUUGUCCCAGUCACGGAAGACUUCGAAAUUUCUGGUAUGAGCUUUCAGGUUCAACAAGAUGUACUUCAAGACGUGCUGCAGAUGGGGAACUGUAUGCGACGACUCAAAGCAUUUGUCACUGAACCAAAGGUUAGGCCUCUCUCUAUAGCUCUUAGCUCUGCGGUUUCAACUAUCGUCUAUGCAGUUGAGUCUGCAAUUCAGACAUCUAAGAGCAAGCUACAGUCAAUACUCCAGGUCAAGGACCUAUUCUCUCGCCCAAUGUACCUUAUUCACAGCCUACAACAUCUUAUUGAGGUAGCCGCAACUACAAACUGCGCUAGAGAUGCCAUUAUACAGUUAAUGUACAGAGCGGAACAAGAGGUGUCACAGCACGUCUGGCAGGGGAAAGUGCUGCAUGAGAUCCUACGUGUACUUGCUACGCCUUGGAUAUCUGCAUUAGAAGCAGAGGUGGGACUCCGAAAAGGUAUGGGUGGUGCAGAGGUCCAGGCGUUGCUCAUGUCUGAAAGUACGAAGGCUCAAGAUCAUGGGCCACUUAACAAUCAGGAAACGCCCGUCGCCGUCGUCGAGGAACUGGUGAUUAACUCUAGGCGCUGUCUCAAUAUUUUGCAAGCCCAGCAGGCUGACCAUUCAAUCUUGGAUUCAUCAAAGAUUUCCUCGUCUCACCUAUCAUGGUAUAUGUCAUGGGCAGCUAUUGCACGGCUGCAAACGCAAGCAGACGAGUAUGAGCAUGUUCUUCGGAAGGCGAUUCUACGAUAUAACCAGGGUAAACCACCCAAAGGCUAUCAACAAAGACACUCUGAGAUCGAGGAUGCAUUACCAGAGGAGGAUGACCGCCUAAUCCUGACCAAUUUGGAUGUGCCAAAUGUUUUAGAUCGAGAUCUAGGCAGGCGUUCUGUACCCACCGAGUCGACUCUGUUUGAGCUUACAACUACAGCCCUGGCGGCAGACAUAGGAUCAUCAGACCCUUUUGAUCAAUCAGAGUUCUGUCCAUCACUACCCCACUCUCUUUCUCUCUCCCUCACCCCCCUGCUCAGCGCUCAAUCACGCCUACUCUCUUUCUCAACUCUCCAUCUCCUUUUCAAAACCCAUUCACUCUACGCUCACCUAUCCGUUCAAUACCGCUUCCAGCUUCUGUCUGAUGGGCUCUUUGCCUCACGCCUUAGUAGGGCUCUCUUCGAUUCAGACCAAGCAGGCGGCGAGGGACGUAGAAUAAUGGAGGGUACCACAGGCCUUCGGCUGCAGGCUAGAGACACUUGGCCGCCCGCGAGUUCUGAGCUGCGACUUGUCCUGAUGGGCAUUCUCAGCGAGAGUUAUCAUCUCACGGACGCGAGUGGCGUCGAUAGUGAUGACCUGCCCGGCAAUCUUUCCUUCGCCAUCCGCGAUCUCUCUACUGACGAACUGGAAAAGUGUAAAGAUCUCAGCAGUAUCGAAACCCUCGACUUCCUAAGACUACAAUACCAAGCGCCUCCUGUCCUAGACAGUAUCAUCACGCAAAGCAGUCUAAGAAAAUACGACAGGAUCUUCAAGUACAUGCUUAGACUGUUGCGUGUGCAGGCCGCCGCCCAAAGUCUACUGCGAGACAUAGCUGGCAGAACUGCACGAUCCGGCAGCAAGAACCAGAAAUUCAGGAUAGAGGCCCAGCACUUCGUCAGCACGCUCGCCGCAUACUCGAGUAAUGAUGCCAUUGGUGUGGAAUGGUCACGCUUCCAGGACUUGCUGAAGAAUAUUGAAGCUGCAAUCGACCGAGACGAUUAUGAAGGCACUAUAGCCAUAGCCGGGUGCUUGUCGCGCCUCGAACGACUUCAUGGGGAAGUUCUCGAUCGUAUCAUUGAAGCGCUGUUUUUGGGUCGUCGGCAGGCGCAAGUCAGGGAUGUGAUCGACGGAAUCUUUGGGCUUAUCUUGCGCUUUGCUGCAGUUUCUAGGCGCAAUGACGAUGGGACGAAGAUGGAGGAAACCAAACACGUGUAUAGGGAGUUCAAAAGGCAUGUGGGCAGACUGAUUCGUUGUCUGCGCAAUCAGGGCUUUGCAUCGACCGCAAAGACCCAUAUCUCAGAAGGAAAGAGUCCACAGGGAGGUGGCGAACCACCAUUCGAGCAUUUCCUGUUGAAGCUCGACAUGUUCGGAUACUACACUUAA